GCUAGUCUGAGACUAGUCAUGACCAAAGAGGACUUAGACAUAUAUAUAUUUAUGUGAGCAUUCAUUUGAACCACUAAUCCUGUUUGCAUUUAAAGGGUAUUUACACCAAACGUAAUAAUAAUUCAUACAGGAAAUGGAGGCAGAAAGCAGUGCCAUUAAUUAUGUUCCUGACACCAACAUGUGCCAAGGAUGGAAUAUGUAGUGUUUCCAGUCACCAAAACUAAUGAAAAGGUAAGUAAUAAUUCAAUUUCCUGUAGAAAAGAGAAUGAAUCCUCAGAGCAGAGGACCCCCUUUCAGCAGAUUUGAGUAAUGUUAAGACAACUAAGAGUGAAAAAUAUUUAUACUUCGCCGUGUGCAGUGCCUUUGUGGCAGACAUUAAUCUUCACAAUGCUGUGAUUCACAUAUGAAGCUCAGUGGCAGUGCAACACCUCCAGCUUUCUUUCCUGCGUAAAUAAUUAGGGACCUCUGUGUAAAUAGUAUAAAGGUCAAUAAAACAUUUGCUUUUACGAGAUAUUUUGAGACAGGAGUUGUUUUAAGACUUAGAUGCCCACUUUGAUCUUGGUUCUUCUAAGGCUAGCUGUUAGCUUCAGCUACUGGACCAACUAAUCCGGAUUUAUGCUAAAUGAAGACACCAAAACCUACUGUCAGGAAGAUGGUAGCUACAUAUAUCACCCCUUUAUGCUUAAAAUGACCUUUUUGUUGUUGUUUUUUUGUUGUUUUUUUAAAAUUAUUGUUCAACUCCAACAAAUGUUUAUUUUCAGACUUUUAAAGCUGAAUUUUGAUGGUGCAGAACAGAUUCCUCUGUGCUGUAUUCAGACUAUGAUAAGACUUGUAGAUGUUUUUUUGCUACUCAGAACAACUCAGUCCUCUGUGGAUCUUUGGCAGUCAAAUAUGAAUUCUGAUUUGCUUGCCUGGCAGUCCUACAAGUAGCCUUGAAAUAUUUUUUGGUCUCCCUGAUCUCAACUUGACCUCCUACGUCGUUGCAAACUGCCAUUUUUCGAGUGCAACAGAAACUGAGCAAACAGCUGAAAAGACCAUAAACCUCCAGCACCGUACUUUUUUUUUUUCUAUUGAGAUUGUUCGUCAAAGUUGGACUGGCUUUUCACCAGCUUUAUUUUUAGAACGUGUACUUGAAUUGUUAUGGGGAAUGAGGAAUUGCAAGAAGUAAUGUAAGGGGGUGAAAGGACAUGACUUAACUACUUAUGUUUUUGAAAAGCCAUUUUAUCUGAAAAAAUUUUUCUCGAUUAUUGUCAAUUUAUCAUACUGUUGCGAAUAUAAUAGGAUUUUUAUUACGAUUUUCAAUGCCAGAACAUCUACACACAGUUUACAGCGUACUGUAAAGUAGAUUUCAACAGCAAAAAUUCUACUUUCCAGACUUAUCCUUAUGAGGCACCUGAAACCCUCCAUAGGAAUGUUGCGAGUUGAUGAAAGAAAGUAAGUCUUCCUUUCCCAAACAUUGACCUCUGCCAGCUUCUCAGCUCACAAAGACAGUUUUGCACCACCCACUGCAGCAGCCUCCAUAAAAGCCCCUCUGGCUCAUCCUGAAUUCACAAAGAAGUAUACUGGAUGAACUUUCAGGAUAUACAGGUCAUUUAAGAUGUAUUUAACAGCAGGAGUUAUCUUUGCUGAAUAACAUAAAACACUGAGAGAAUAUCAGACUAUUUGAGAGCAUGAGGAAGGCAUUCUGCUCUGUGCUUCUCUUUUGGACAGGUGUAAUCUUACUGAGUGGUCUUGGCUGCUUGUGUGAGCAUGAUGGCAAAGUGAGCACAGAAGGCAUUGGACAGUCGAAGACCCCUCACCUGAUCUUCAUCAUGGUGGACGACCAGGGCUACGGAGACAUUGGCUAUCACGGCUCUGACAUCCACACUCCUGCUCUGGACCAGCUCGCAGCAGAGGGCGUCAAGCUGGAAAAUUAUUACGUCCAGCCUAUCUGCUCUCCUUCUCGCAGUCAGCUCAUGACAGGACGUUACCAAAUUCACACUGGACUACAGCAUUCGAUCAUCCGACCGCGUCAGCCGCUCUGUUUGCCCCCAGACAUGCCCACUCUGCCCGAGCGCCUGGCUGAGGCUGGAUACGCCACGCACAUGGUUGGGAAAUGGCACCUGGGAUUCUCCAGGCCAAACUGCCUGCCCACACGGCGCGGAUUUCAGAGCUUCCUGGGAAGCCUGACGGGCAGUGGCGACCACUUCUCCUAUCGGAGCUGCGAUGGGGCUGAAGCUUGUGGAUUUGACUUGCAUGACGGGAACAGACCCGCCUGGGAGAUGAGAGGGAACUACUCUACGCUGCUCUACAUUGAAAGAGUCAAGAAGAUUUUGCAGAGCCACAAUUCCCAAAGGCCACUCUUCCUCUACCUGUCGCUGCAGGCUGCGCACACUCCUCUGCAGGCACCGGACCUUUUUCUGCACCACUAUGACGCGCAGAGCAAUCGUCAAAGGCGUCACUACGCAGCCAUGCUUAGCUGCUUGGACGAGGGGAUUGCAGAGCUUGUCAAAGAGCUGAAGACUAGCGGUCUCUAUCAAAACUCCGUCUUGAUCUACUCAUCCGAUAACGGCGGACAGCCGCUCUCAGGCGGGAGCAACUGGCCACUGAGAGGAGGGAAGGGGACCUAUUGGGAAGGAGGCAUCCGGGCGGUUGGGUUUGUCCAUAGUCCCCUUUUGAAGAGGAAGGGGAUCGUAAGCAGAGCCCUAAUCCAUGUUUCUGACUGGUAUCCCACAUUACUCGGGCUUGCAGGGACCCUGCAAUCCCACCACAACCUGGACGGCCAUAAUGUCUGGGCUAGCAUCAGCGAAGGUUUGCCUUGCCCCCGCACAGAAAUCCUUUUAAACAUUGACCCUGUGUCCAGGAAACCCGGGGAGCCCUACGACAAGGCGCUGGAACUCAAUGGCUUCGGGAUCUGGGACACAGCUGUGAGAGCCGCGCUAAGGGUGGGUGACUGGAAGCUUCUGACAGGAAAUGUGGGUGAUGGAGACUGGAUACCACCGCAGGCUCUUCCAGUCGGCCCGGAACGGUGGCAGAAGCUUGAGAAGCGGCGUAACAGGCUGGGGAAGUCGGUGUGGCUGUUCAACGUCAGCGCUGACCCGUACGAGAGGUCCGACCUCGCCGAGGUUCGUCCAGAGGUGGUGAAACAUCUGCUGGCUAGGCUGGCGGAGUACAACCACACUGCUGUGAUGGCAAGGAACCCACCCGAUGAUCCUAUGGCUGACCCAGAACUACAUGGGGGAGUAUGGAGCCCAUGGCUGGGCCUGGAGGGCUGGGGAAGAAACGAGAAAGAUAAAGAUGGAAAAAAGGGGAAGAUUCCAAAGGUUAGGCAUUGCAAAUUAUGCAAAUUAAAAGCCCUAUUUAAAAAAGUGGAGUCACGUCUGGAAAGAAAAACCCUUUUCUAGUUGACAAAUGUACACACAGUACAUACCAAAAGAAUUUAGGUUAUUUCAUGUUGAUGUUUGUAAACCUCUGAGAGCUCAGCUGGACUCUCUUUACAAACUGGAGUACUACUGAAUGUUGCUCUGAAUUUUAUUUUGAAUACAAAUUAUUAAAAUGAAUUUGUAAAAAUUUUUGAAAACCAUCCUAAUAACAUAAAUUCAAAGUCCUGGUUGCAAUGUGACACAGAGUGAACAAGUUCCAGAGGGGCAAAUACUUUAGCAAGACAGAAUUUAUACAGUUUGUAGUUACUGUAAAUAAACAGCAUAUAUGUAUAACAAGUGUUACCAAUUUAUUUGAAAAGUUAAACAGCUAACAUGUUUAGAAGUCAUCUUAGGGAUGCUGAAAAGGAAAAUAAAGCCCAGAAUCAGAAAUUCGAGUCCAAUAGAAGGUAAACAGAGAAGAAAGAAAUACUGAGUCUUGAUGAGCAGUAAAAAAAUUUGUAAAAAAUAAAUAAAAUAGCACAAAUCAUAUAAAUAAAAACCCAAACCCGAAUCCUGAAGGUCGUCAGAUAAAAAGACCGACAAGCAGACACGACUGCGUGCCUGGCUGAAGACGAUGACUCCUUCUCUGUCCUGCAGCCAAACUCAAGAAACGGUUUGAUUUGUGCAGAUGGAACAGGAGUGGUCGCAUGUGGAAGUGAGGCCUGAUGUGACCUCCUAAUCAUCCGAGAGGAUUUUUUUCAAGCUGACAUGAAGAUACCCACCAGGGGGGCUGCUGUCAAAUGUCAUUUUGUGCUCUUAGUCUUGGAGGUGGGGGGACACAUACAAGUCUGAUUGCAGUUCUCUCUUUUGGCCUUCAAAGACCUCUGACCUCUACUUGUCUAUUUAUGGUGGCCCUAAAAGUUCAGUAGCCGAUACAGCCAGACUUUUGUGAAUAUUUACAUGCUUCUAUGUGUUGCGUAAUAAAAAGCAUAGAGAGGAUUUUUUUUUCAGUCUGGAGUACUACUCCAGCGUGAAGUAGCUUGUAUUUAGACUAGUAUUUAAUUAGUCUAAAUACAGAAAUAAAUAAAUAAAAAAGUUGUUUCAGAGUUUGCUGCGAUAGACACUUCAGGACUUUUUAGGUCUGAAAUUUGACUAGGCCAUUCUACCACAUAAGUCUCCUUGGAUUUAAAUCAUUUGAUAUCAAAUUUAAACCCAAAAUUAUUUGCUUGAAAAUUAUUUUCAUUCAACCAGAAUGUGUGGGUUUUUUUUUUUUUUAGAAAAUGAGAAAGGCACACCUCAAAAGCCUGAUGUUGCUGCUAAGCAUGAUGCUGCCACCGCUAUGUUUGGCCCAGGAUUUCUACCACAUCCAGCAGUUUGGAUGUAGGCCAAAAAUUUAUUUUCUUUCAACAGAAGCCUUACUAUAUGAUUACAUGAAUUACACACACAAUUAGACUUUACUUAGGGGUAUUACAGUAAAGAGAGCUGAAUAGAUAAGCAGCAGGCCACACUUUUCAGAUUUUUCGAUUCAACAAAAGUAUCAGAAAUCACUUCAUAGAUCUGCACGGUUCCAUGUUAGCCUAAGAGAAAAAAUACAAAAAAAAUAAAUAAAUAAAAAAUUCUACUGUGAUGUCCAUCAAAAUCUCAUCAUAGAAAAACAAGAGGACAGCAGUACAAGCUUUUCUUUUGUAAUAUAAAGCUACAUUUUCUGUAAAAGCCUCCGUUACCUCCAUCUCACCACAUAGGAAAGAAUAUCUGCUUAUGCAGUUGAGUUAUCAGUGUGAACAUCCGUCCCCAGGACAGCGGUCUGGGGAACCCGCAGCUUCUACCAGCACUGUCUGAUCCGCUGUGAUGUUUAGCCUGUUGGUGAGGCUUUCUCUGUAAUGCAAAGUGAUGGGAUCGGAUCACAGAUGGUGCUGUUGGUCUUUUGCCCCAUCCACUGCAACAAAGCACUCCAAAAUGGUUAGUUUGUUGCAGCUCACUGUUUGACCCAAAUUUUCAGGUAUGUAUGUGUGUGCGUUUGUAAUACCUUGUGUAAUAAAUGACCAUUUUCCUGACACAUACUAUGUUGUGGGGAUUAACUGCACAACUUUUAAUGCACAAAUGAACUGCACUGGAUGGGGUUAGGGUUAGGUAUGUAAUAUGUAGGGUUAGGAUAAGGUUUAGGCUGUAGAAAUUAAUGGAAGUCAAUGGAAAGUCCCCACAAGAUAGCCACGCAAACGUGUGUGUGCGUGUGUGUCUCGGACUGAUUUCACGAUGCUUCUGACAGCAAUCCCACACGCUCCGGCAACAGGGCUGCAGGUUUCCCUUCACGAUGAAUAUUCAACUGUCCUUCAAUGUCGUUUCGCCCCUCGACACGGUCAGCUGCCACGCUCUCCUCUUCUCCCUCCUUUUUCUCUCCGUCUCCCUCGGCUCUUUGCUCAGUCCCUCUGCGAAUUACCCUCCUCGGGGUUUUUUCUCAUGUGCAUCCCACUCACUUGUUGGUGCUCAUUUGGAAGAUCAAACUGAAGUGGUGUUUUGCUGGGAGAUCUGUGCUGUACAGUUAAAUUUGAAGAGUGGAGGAGGAAGGAAAGGCGUCCUCAGAGGAUGCAUGGGGGGGGGGGGGGGGGGGGGGCUACUGUGUCUUUGAGUGGUUGCAAACGUGCUUGUGAUCAGCUUAAAGUCUUGUUCAGUGAAAUUCUCUCAGUGCAUCUAUCACACACAGACACAAGUUAUAAUAGAAAAAAAUGAGUGUUGAAUAUUUUAUUUAAGUUGUCAUUUUGUGCUAAAUUUCAAAAUUACUUCGUACAUCAGACUUCAGCUUUGAAAAUGGUUUAGUGAACAUUGGUGUGAAUAAAGUGUUUUUGACAGCUUCGUUUAUUACAGUUUCAGUUGUGUAAAACAUUUACAGUAAGACUGUAAUAGAAUUACAGUAAAGCUAAUAAAUCUACAUUAUAACUACAAUGAAAUUACAGUAAAACUAAUAAAAUUAUAGUAUGAUUAUUGUAAAAAAUAAAUUAAAGUUACUGUAAUUUUUUUUACUGUAAAAAAUUACAGCAAUUGGCUGGCAACCCUGCUGCCAGUAAGUUACUGUAUAUUCCACAGUGACUUUUUUAACAGUGCAUGCUUUUACCCUGCUGUUUAUGAAUCUUAAUUGUUAUGUAAUUAAAUUUUGUUAAU